AUGCAUUGUCUUGAGGUGUCCGGCAAAAACCCGUCCAACCACUUGGCAUUGGGCGCCCCUCUUCCGCCUCUUGUGAAUCUCAAACUCUUGACUGCGACUGCUUCAGCUGACCGGAGGUUCAACUAUUUGGGCUAUAAAAACCACGGCGAGUUAAGAGUUCAGCAGUACACAGCGACUUGGACUCCAAACAGCAACAGCAACAGAUUCAACAUGAAAUUCCUGAUCAUUGCCGUUGCCUUUGUGGCCUGCGCCUUGGCUGAGGCGCCCCAAUCAGGCUAUGAUUAUCCAGCUCCGGCGCCGCCAGCACCUGCACCGGCCUACAUUCCCCCACCACCGCCACCACCACCACCGGCACCAAUGAACACCUAUAUUCCCCCACCACCACCACCACCACCACCGGCACCAAUGAACACUUAUAUUCCACCACCACCGCCACCACCACCACCAAUGAACACCUAUAUUCCUCCACCAGCUGCUCCAGCCCCAGCUUACAUCCCACCUCCACCACCACCACCACCACCACAGAACACCUACAUUCCACCCCAAUCCGAGGCGAUCGAGCAGCCCGCUCAGGAUGGAUACCGUUACAGGACUGUCCGUCGUCGUGUCUUCCGUCACCGCAACUAGAAGCAGCCACAAGCAAACCACAAAAUUUCUA